UUACAAAUAAUGUUUGGUUUCUUUCUAUAAAUAGUAAGUGUCACUAUCUCAAAAUCAUACAAAAUUUUUAGUAAUCAAAAUCACAGAAAAAAUGGCUAUUUUUCUCUUCCUCUUCUUCUUCCUUUUAUUUACAUAUGCUAAUGCAGGUUGUAGCCAAUGUAUCCAAUCCAAAGCUACUUUCUUUAGUAGCUCCAAUGGUCUUUCAUCUGGAGCAUGCGGGUAUGGUCCUUUAGCUUUGGACUUGUAUGGUGGACAUGUUGCUGCAGCUAUUCCUUCCAUUUAUGGCAACGGCGAAGGUUGUGGUGCUUGCUUUCAGAUAAAAUGCAAGAAUAGUACACUUUGUAAAUCAAGUGGAACACAUAUAGUUGUGACCGAUAUCCACAAUGAUAAGACCAAGACCACAGAUUUUGUUUUAAGUAGCAAAGCUUUAACGGCCAUUGCAUUACCCGGCAAGGACAAACAUCUCCUACACCUUGGAAUUAUCGAUGUUGAAUAUACCAGGGUUCCUUGUGUUUACAAGGGUCAAAACUUGACUAUACGAGUGGAAGAAUUUAGUAAACCUCCUAACUAUUUGGCGAUCAAGGUCCUCUACCAAGGCGGUCAAACAUUAAUCUUUGGUGGUGAAGUAUUAGGUCCGGUUGAUCAGCCACAUCACAUAGCCUUCUUGAGCCGAAAAUACGGCGCAGUAUGGGACACAGAUAGAGCUCCAACCGGAAAUCUGACAUUCAGGUUUGUCAUUGGCUCGGGCUUCGAUGCUCGGUACUUCUACACCAAUGAAGGAGUCUUGCCUGCUAACUGGAAGCCUGGUGUCAUAUAUAACUCUAUUGUCCAAAUCAGCGAUGUUCUUAUAAAUGGCUGUGAACCUUGUAAACCAUGGAAGUGAGUAAUUGUAAUUGUUAUAAUAGAUAAUAUAUCAUGGAGUUCCAACCAUCAGUUUAAACUUUUGAUUGAGUUGGUUCUUUAACAUGGUAUUUUUGCUUAACCAACUCAACCGAAAAAUUUAAGUUGAUGGUUGAAGUUUCACGAUAUGUUAUAUACUUUAACAUUAAUGUUAUUUUAUUGGUUGAGCUUCCUUAAGUAAUAUGUUGUGUUAUUCGAAGAUUUUUGUGUGCUAGUGACAAGAACACCGUAGCAAAAGAAAAUUAAGAUGGAAAAAAGAGAAA